CUUUCCAGGCUUUGGCCUUAAUAAUAUCUUUAGUUAAUAUUUUACAUUAUUAAUUUGAAUGCUCAAUAUGUUAGUCAAUAAUGUAUAUUAAUAUUAUGAAAUUUAAUGAUUUUAUAUACAAAUAAAAUGACGAAUAUCUAAAUUAGUUUAAAUUAUUAAUCUUGUUCCAACAUGACUGCAAAAGAAACCAAAAAUUAUAAUGAUAGAUCCAUCAAAAGCGUACCAUUCCCUCCCACCCGCCGACUCAAGGGCAGCGAAGUAUUUGAUUCCAAAGGCAAACCGCGAAUCGAUGUCCUUAAAGCGCAUUUCGUUCAGGAAGGUAGGAUAGAAGAAAGUGUGGCUGUCAAAAUUAUUAAUGACGGAACGGUACUGCUAAGACAAGAAAAAACAAUGAUCGACUUAGAUGCCCCCGUUACUGUAUGUGGCGACAUUCAUGGCCAAUUUUUCGACCUGAUGAAGCUUUUCGAAGUCGGAGGUUCCCCGGCUUCUACCCGCUAUUUAUUCCUGGGCGAUUAUGUCGAUAGAGGUUACUUUAGUAUCGAGUGCGUCGUAUAUCUGUGGGCCUUAAAAAUAUUAUACCCGACAACGUUUUAUUUAUUACGCGGAAACCAUGAAUGCCGUCAUCUCACCGAAUAUUUCACAUUUAAAACCGAAUGCAAAAUCAAAUAUUCUGAACACAUAUACGACACAUGUAUGGAAGCCUUUGACGCUUUACCACUCGCCGCCCUAAUGAACCAACAAUUUUUAUGUGUUCACGGUGGUUUAUCUCCCGAAAUUCACACGUUAGAUGAAAUCAGAAAAUUGGACCGAUUUAAGGAACCUCCCGCGUUCGGCCCUAUGUGCGAUAUACUAUGGUCUGACCCUUUAGAAGAUUUCGGGAAUGAACGCACUUCCGAACAUUUUUCUCACAAUAGUGUCAGGGGCUGUUCUUAUUUUUACAGUUAUCCUGCCUGUUGUGAAUUUUUGACGCACAAUAACCUUCUUUCCAUUAUCAGAGCCCACGAAGCGCAAGAUGCUGGUUACAAGAUGUAUAAAAAGAGCCAAACUACUGGAUUCCCCUCUUUGAUAACCAUAUUUUCUGCGCCAAAUUAUUUAGACGUUUACAAUAACAAAGCCGCCAUAUUGAAAUAUGAAAAUAACGUUAUGAAUAUAAGGCAAUUCAAUUGCUCUCCCCACCCUUACUGGUUACCUAAUUUUAUGGACGUUUUCACUUGGUCCUUGCCUUUCGUAGGUGAAAAAGUUACCGAAAUGUUGGUUAACAUAUUGAACAUAUGUUCGGACGACGAAUUAUUUGUCGAAGGAGAUGAAAAUGAAGUUACAGCACGUAAAGAAGUGAUCAAAAAUAAAAUUAGAGCCAUCGGAAAAAUGGCCAGGGUCUUCACUGUUUUGAGAGAAGAGAAUGAAUGCGUUCUGAAGCUCAAGGGACUCACUCCCACUGGUACCAUACCUCAAGGAUUACUAUCGCAGGGCCGAUAUUCUUUGCACGAAGCUCUGAAAAACUUACAAAUUAGCACUACUGGCCAGAUAAAUGGUUUUGCCGAGGCCAAAACCUUGGACAGCGUUAACGAACGUAUGCCACCACGGAAGGAUACCAUACCAUCCCCAAAAUUGACGCCUUCCACUUCAGGAACCGCCAAGUCAAAAUCACCCCCAGAUGGUAAAAUAGCGUCACCAAUUUCUAAUCACGUGGUCACUAGUCCCACACCUAGCCCUAAAGAUAGAAAUAGUUCGAAUGUCAAAGGCACUAAGAAAUGAGAAUAAAUACUUCUGGUCUAUAAUCUCAAACUUUAUUUUAAAAGAGUUAUACUAGGAAAACAAAUUUUAAAAACCGGAUGUAAUGUUAAAAUAAGAUAAAACCUGAUUUGAAUAUCUGUAAUAAAAAGUAAUAGUUUUAGAGUUCGUUUUUAUCUUUAUAUUAUAAUAUGAACUCAUACUUACCUACUACCCAUUAAAAUUCAGUCAGACAUCUGUUUACCAUUUUUUUUAAAGCUUCUUUCGUUCUGCUUUAUUUAGGCAUAUUAUUUUUCCUUUCUUUUUUUCCAUAACUUUCACUUUAAAUUUCAUUUCUUAAUCUUGAGACCAUUGAUAUUCUUCGUUUUUAAAAAAAAUAUGAAUCCUGAUUUUGAACUGGUUAAUUAAUGAAAUUAUAUAUACGCUUUAUAUUAUGUAUAAUAACGAUUUACAUGUGAUAAAACAAAAUUUAUAUAUUUUUUUAAAAUUUUUCACGAUAUUUAAUUUGGAAAAUGUAUAUCUUUUUAUUAUUUUCGUAAAAUUGAAUCCUUUUUUACCUUUGAGAAAGAGCCAUUUUUUUUACCAGGGAUAUUUAUUUCUAAAAAAUAUAUAUAUAACAUUUUUGAUUGAUUCUUUUAAUCGUUGUAAAUUAUAAAGUUUUAUUUGUAUUAACUUUUUAUAUAUCAUCGGUGUUUAUAAAAAAUUUAUAACCAACAUUUUUUUACAAAAAAAAAAUUUAAAUGUAUUAUUUUCAUAAUUUAUUAUCACCCUUUUGUCCCCAUCCCUUCGACACGACUUUUUUGUUUUUGACUACCUUUAUUUAUUAGUGCAAUUUAUUUAUUUAUUUUUCUAUUAGUAAAAACCAAAAAAAUAGGAAUAUUCUGGUUAAUAUAUAAUGUAUUAUUUAUUUGGCGAUGUUUGUUUAUAUUACGAGUACCAUUUGUUUUGGGCAUAAAAUAAAUUAUUAGGUAAGCAAGCGCGUGAUACGCUUUUUUUUUAAAUUCAAAAUGUCGCAUUUACACAAUUUUGAACAAACACGCACUUCUCAUAAUAUAAGUUCUAUUUAUUAUUUAUAAAUAUAUAUAUAUAUAAACUCCAUUCUAGCUGUCUUUUCUUCAUCUCUAUGCAAUUCAAAUUGUCAGUUAAUUUUCAAUUUAAAUAUUUUGGAAAAAAAAUAUUUGGAUUCAACACUCAACGUAAUUCACUCUUUAGCUAGCACACAACAUUCUUACUCUUUCGUAAUUACAGUUUAUUUACAACAGAUAAUGCAAUUAUUAAUAAAUACCUAACAUUUUUUUUCUUCCCUUUAAAUCUAAUACCUACAAAUCCAUCCUAUGUUUUUUUUAGUUUUAUUGGAUUUUUUUAUUAUUAUUUUUAAAUUGAACUAUUUGUACAAAAAUUUAUCCAUAAUUUAAUCUUGUGAAAAAAGACGCAGGACUCAAAAAUACGAAACCUUUAUACACUUACCCUCUUAAAUCUAUAAAUAUUUUUUUUUCAUAUAAUUAUUUACCUAUAAAUAAAAUAUUAAUUAAAGUAUUUUUGAAGUU